GGACAGAUUCAUUCUGGAAUAAGAGAGUACAUUCUCAGGGUCGAGUCGCUGAUCUCGUUCGGCUUAACUCCUACCGAGACGAUUUCGUCGGUUCGUCUCUUUGCCGCCCUAAAUACUGUCCCUCGUCUGGAGGAAUACAUCAACCACGACGAUGAGCCGGAUUUUACUCGCUCUCGGGGGCUGUGGUCAAAUCACAUUUUAGCUGAUCCCAAUCAAUCCGACUCUGGUUCGUACCCAUAA